AUAAUAGUAUAAAUAAAGCUAUUUUGGCUUCUUUAAAAGAUUUAGAUAGUACUUUUUUUGUUGAAUAUUCAGAUUCCAAAGAUGAAGAUGAAUUUAAAUCUAUAUCAAAUGAUGAAUUAGAAUCUGAUAAUGAUAUUCCUUCAAAUAAAUUGAAUGAAUUUAAAUUUAUAGAUGUUCCUAAUAGCUAUAUUGAGGAUAAAAUUUAUGAUGACCUGAAAUCGAAAGUUAAACAAUUUUUUGAAAAAAGAAAGUAUUUAUAUUAUUCUAAACAAUCUUGUUUUAGUCAAAUUGGUUAUGAAAAAUUUCUUGCACAUUGGGCUGAAUUCGAAAGUUUAGAUAAAAAUAUGAGGGAUAUGGUUAUUAAAAGGCAACUCGCAGCUUUUCAAAAAAAUGAAGAUACAAGAAAAGUUGCUAAUGAUAAUAGAAAACACGUAUGCUUUAGAUAUUGUUAUAAUAAUGAUGUUUCUGUUUGUUUUAAUGCAUAUUUAACUCUUGUUGGAGUUAGUCAUACAUAUUUAGAUAACAUAAAACAGCAUUUACAAGAGCAUAAAUUUGAAGAAUGUAGACAUAGAAACACUGAUAGAGCCCUAAAAAUAUAA